CCUUGGAACGUCAAAUACAUGAAUGAUGAUCGUAAGAAAAAAAAAAGGGCGUCACAAAAAGGUGCUGAAAUGAGACGGCCUGAACGAUGGCCCGAUUUGCUGAGCUGAAUAAAAAAAAAAAGAGAAUCUUUGGCUUCACUUUAAUAGCAUGUCGCUUCUGUCUACUUUUCGAGACAGCAUCUAUGCCAUCACGUCCUGCUGUUUUGCCAAUCCGACGCUCCAAAUCAAUCGACGCAGUUACAAGUUGAUUCGACUCUUGGGUGAAGGGUAAAUAUUCUCCCUAAUCAAGGCGCCACCACACUAUACACGGGUUAUCAUGAAGAGGAACACUCGGAAACAAAACGCAUUUGUUAAAGAGUCACUACAGUGUCCAAGAAACUUCCGUCAGACCCCGUGAAAAAAAAGUGAUGGCGCCAUGGAAGCAAUGACGGAACGUACGCGGGUUCCAUUCACUCAACAACGCCUUUUUCAUGUUCUGGUCUUGUAGUGGGUUUUCCUUUGUGUAUCUAGUGGAAGACGCUAGUGAACACCGUUUGUUGGCUGUGAAAAAGAUCCGGUGCCCUUUUGGAAGCCAGGCAGUAGCGGAUGCUAUGCGAGAACUUGAUAUGUAUCGCAUGUUUAGACACGAACAUAUUAUUCAAGUGCUGGAUACGGCAUUAGUCACGGAAUCGGAUGGGUCCAAAACUAUUUAUAUGUUUCUACCUUAUUAUAAACGAGGCAACUUGCAGGAUUGUAUCAAUGCCAAUAAUGUGAACAAGACCCAUUUUUCCGAACCGCUUCUUCUCCGUUUGAUUUUGCAAGUGUGUUAUGCGCUGCGUGUGUUGCAUACCUAUCGAUUACCUGAAAUACCAGUGACUCAUCCCGAAGAGUUCAAUACCAUUACCGGCCAACCCUAUCUCACCGCUUCACCGGUGACGGAUAAUCUGCAUUCUCCACAGAUGUCGUAUUCAACCACUUUUUAUGAGCCAACAGAGCAGUCAUCUGAUGCCACGGGCGCUCUUGUACCUUAUGCCCAUCGAGAUGUCAAACCAGGUAAUAUCCUGAUAGCGGAUGAUGGCGAGAAUGCGGUUCUGAUGGAUUUUGGAUCCGUAACACGAGCAAGAACUUCCAUCAAGACACGACAAGAUGGUUUACUGCAACAAGAUAUUGCAGCUGAACAUUCUACUAUGCCGUAUAGGGCACCUGAACUCUAUGAUGUUAAGACUGGAUCAGAGCUUAAUGAGAAGGUUGAUAUAUGGAGUUUAGGGUGUACAUUAUAUGCAGCCGCUUAUGGCCAGAAUCCUUUUGAGGCUACGAUGAAUGAUAUGGGUGGCUCGAUGGCUUUAACGAUCUUGAAUGGUCAAUAUAUCUUCCCUUCACACGACCCAUACAGCGAAGGCUUCCGUGAUCUCAUUCGAUGCAUGCUCAUCGUGGAUCCAACACAACGUUCAGAUGUUCAUGAGGUGAUUGCCAUUAUCGAGAGACUUUUAUCAACAUUAUAAUCGGUCUUACCGUCACACUCAACCGACCUCACCGUACUACGCUUACGCCUAAUCCUAGUUGUAAUUUUAUGUAAUACACAUCAGCGAAUGCAGUCGCCUUUACCAAGUUUGAAAAUCCAAGCGUAACCAGUGACAACGUGCUACGUUACCUUUGAUGAACGCCUGCGGCGAAUCUAUGGGUUUGUUCUUGUAACAGCCUUUUUUUUCUUUCCAACUGCGACCAUAUUGAAUACUACAUUGUUCUCAUUUAGACCUUGAUUCCCCGCCUGCAGUGAAAAGAUGGGGUUCUAUCACGGUUUUUCGGGACAAUGAAGUCCUCUGACUUUCCGAGUCUUUUCUUUUUAUCCAGUGGAUACAACAACAAUCCGAAUCGUCUUUUGACUUUUUUUUUUUUAAAUUAAAAAAUCUGGACUCGAAAAAAAAAGAACAUCACUAAAAC